CUCCUCCCUGAAGAGUUUGAACUGUUGUCAGCUGUGCUCUCAGAUAUGGUUAAUAGUACACACAAAGGCAGGCAGAGCAAGUGCAAAGGCUAAUUUCUCCUAAGCUCCAUCUCUCAGCCCCCCUCAUGAUCACUGUGUUCUUCACCGCCCUCCCUGGGCUUCUGCUGCUGCCUCUCCUCAUCAGCUUCAUCUUUCCAUACAUCUUCCAGGACAUUGCCAAUUUCAUCACUGUCACUCGCUUUGGUAUCAGGACCAGGAAGCGUUCCAACAAGACCCCAGCUUACACCAUUGUGGACCUAUUCCUGGAGAAGGUGGAGACAAGUCCUGACAAACCAUUUAUCCUCUACCAGGAUGAAGUGUACACCUAUUCCGAAAUAGACAAACUCAGCAACCAGACGGCCAGAGCCUUGCGCAAGCAUGCUGGGGUCAAGUCAGGGGACUGUGUGGCCCUAUUCAUGAGCAAUGCCCCUUCUUAUAUCUGGAUAUGGCUCGGGGUGGCCAAACUGGGCUGCUCAAUGGCCUGCCUCAAUAACAACAUCAGAGCAAAGUCAUUUCUGCACUGCUACAGAUGCAGUGGGGCAAAGGUCAUCCUCGUAGAACCAGAGCUGAAAGAUGCCAUAGAUGAAGUGAUGCCAGAACUCGAGAAAGACAAUGCAAAAGUAUUUUAUAUCUCGGAGACACCUGUCUGUGAGGGGACCGAAACAUUCUUGGACAAAGUUAAAGCUGCAUCAUGUGAAUCCGUUCCCAAAUCCUUGAGGUCUUUUAUUUCUGGAAAAUCACUGGCCAUGUACAUCUAUACAUCAGGAACAACAGGGCUUCCAAAGGCAGCUAUUAUCACUCACAGCCGUGUUCUUCUGGCUACUGGAUUUUUUGAAAUCUGCCAUAUCAGACCCAGAGAUAUCGUCUAUAUUACCCUUCCACUGUACCACAGCUCGGCUAUGCUGAUAGGAGUCCAUGGAUGCAUCUCAAAAGGUUGCACUGUAGUGUUACGGAAGAAGUUUUCCGCCAGCCAGUUUUGGGAUGAUUGCAGGAAGUAUAACGUGACUGUUAUCCAAUAUAUUGGAGAAGUGCUGCGCUACCUUUGCAAUGUUCCUAAGACAGAUGAUGAUGCAUCCCAUAACGUGAGGAUGGCCCUUGGCAACGGUCUACGGACUGAUGUCUGGAGCGAGUUUCUGAGGAGGUUUGGAGAUAUUCACAUGUAUGAAUUUUAUGCAGCUACUGAAGGAAAUAUAUUAUUUAUCAACUACACCAACACGGUUGGCGCAGUAGGCAGAGAAAACUUCUUACUCAAGAAAGCACUUCCAUUUGAAUUUAUCAAAUAUGACAUUGAAAAGGAUGAGCCUGUCCGAGAUGCCAAAAGUCGCUGUGUCAAGGCCAAGAGAGGCCAGCCUGGGCUUUUGGUCAGUAAGAUUACCUCCCUUUCUCCAUUUGGAGGCUAUGCUGGAGACCAGUCUCAUACGGAGAAGAAGAUACUUAAAGACGUGUUCCGGAAGGGAGAUGUGUAUUUUAAUACUGGCGAUAUUUUAAUGGUUGACCAGCAGAAAUUUAUUUAUUUCCAUGAUAGAGUUGGAGACACAUUUAGGUGGAAAGGAGAAAACGUUGCUACCACCGAGGUUGCUGAUAUUUUGAGUCUGGUGACUUUUAUAGAAGAAGUCAAUGUAUAUGGAGUGCCUGUCCCAAAUCACGAAGGGCGGAUUGGAAUGGCCACACUCAAGCUGAGGAAAUAUGAGACCUUUGAUGGUAGAAAGCUAUAUGCACAUGUUCGAGACUUUCUUCCAAAUUAUGCAAGACCUCGCUUCAUUAGGGUCCAGGAUGAACUGGAGAUCACUGGAACUUUUAAACAGCGCAAAGUGGAGGUUGUGAAACAAGGCUUUGACCCGUCCACAAUCACUGACCCCAUCUACUUCCUGGAUGAGAGGGAAAAGAAAUAUGUGCCCAUGACUCAAAACAUAUAUACGGACAUUAAAAAUAAAAAGAUAAAAUUGUAAGACUGUGUCUUAUGCUGGGUAUUGACACUGCAACUAGUUUAUUUUGCAUUAAAAAAGAUUAAUAGUGUGUA